UUCCAUAAAACCAGCAACCGUUGCAUCUGCUGCCCACCGUUCUCCUCCAUUCAUACCCUUCUCUGCAACAAAAGCCCCGAUUUUAUUCACGGUCAGUCAAGACAUUCCAAUAUUCCGUCCAUCGCAGCAGUAACUUCCAGACAUCAAAGCGCAUUUAAAGAAGUCUCUGCCUUCUCCAAUCGCUCUCUCACCCCCCAAAAAAGGGAGAAAUGUCUUUUCUCAGACGGAGAAAGGGCUCCGAUCCCCCAAAGAAAUCUGAGCCGUCGGAUGAGAUUCCGACGGACAAGAUCGAGCCAGAGGACGACGAUGACAAGGAGAAGAAGAGGAGGAGGCCAGACGAGGAGAAGAAGAAGGCGAAAUGGUCCUGCGUCGACACCUGCUGCUGGUUCAUUGGCCUCAUCUGCUCCACGUGGUGGUUACUUCUCUUUAUUUACAACGCCAUGCCGGCGUCGUUCCCCCAGUAUGUCACCGAGGCGAUCACGGGCCCGAUGCCGGACCCGCCGGGCGUGAAAUUGCAUAAGGAAGGGCUGUCAGCAAAACACCCAGUUGUUUUCGUGCCAGGGAUCGUCACUGGCGGGCUCGAGCUCUGGGAGGGCCACCAAUGCGCUGACGGCUUGUUUCGGAAGCGUCUCUGGGGCGGGUCAUUCGGAGAAAUCUAUAAGAGGCCUUUAUGCUGGGUUGAGCAUUUGUCACUGGACAAUGAAACUGGGCUGGAUCCUUCUGGUAUAAGAGUUAGGCCUGUCACAGGACUCGUGGCAGCAGAUUACUUUGCUCCUGGCUAUUUCGUAUGGGCAGUUUUGAUUGCUAAUUUGGCGCGUAUUGGGUAUGAGGAGAAAACCAUGUAUAUGGCUGCAUAUGAUUGGAGACUCGCUUUUCAGAACACUGAGGUACGGGAUCAAACCCUUAGCAGAAUAAAAAGUAAUAUAGAGCUUAUGGUAACUACAAAUAAUGGGAAGAAAGUCGUCGUUAUUCCGCAUUCUAUGGGUGUUCUCUACUUCUUGCAUUUCAUGAAGUGGGUUGAGGCACCAGCUCCAAUGGGUGGUGGAGGUGGUCCUAACUGGUGUGCCCAGCAUAUUAAGGCAAUCAUGAACAUUGGUGGACCAUUUUUAGGUGUUCCAAAAGCAAUUUCAGGACUUUUCUCUUCUGAAGCCAAGGACGUUGCUGUUGCCAGUUGGAGCACGAAGUCAAUUCGUGAUACACCGCAGCUCCCUUGGACUAUCUCAUGGCCAUUCCCUAACAAGCCUUUUCUCCAUUCUUCUCAAUGCAUUUCAAAGUCUAUGAGCUGUUCUAUGCACCCUAUUCUGGCAAUUGCACCUGGUGUGUUGGAUAAUGAUUUAUUUGGUAUCCAAACUUUGAAACAUGUAAUGAGGAUGACACGUACAUGGGAUUCAACCAUGUCAAUGAUACCAAAAGGUGGAGACACCAUUUGGGGUGGGUUGGACUGGUCACCAGAAGAAGGCUAUGAAUGCAUUUAUAAGAAGCAGAAGAACAAUCAUUCACAGGUUGAAGCUGCUACAGAGAUGGAGAAAGUGGGUUCUCGUCCAAGCCGUGCGAAAUAUGGAAGGAUUAUAUCCUUUGGUAAAGAUGUUGCAGAGACACAUUCAUCUGAGAUUGAGAGGAUCGAAUUCAGGGAUGCUGUUAAGGGUAAUUACAUGGCCCAUUCCAAUGUGUCAUGUGGUGAUGUAUGGACAGAAUACAAUGAAAUGGGAUGGGGGGGCAUCACUGCGGUUGCCGACUACAAAGUCUACACAGCUGGUUCGGUUCUGGAUCUGCUUCAUUUUGUUGCUCCAAGGAUGAUGCAGCGAGGGGAUGCCCAUUUUUCAUAUGGGGUUGCAGACAAUUUGGAUGACCCAAAAUACGAGCAUUAUAAAUAUUGGUCAAAUCCUUUAGAAACAAAAUUGCCAAAUGCCCCCGAUAUGGAAAUUUAUUCUAUGUAUGGAGUUGGAAUUCCAACUGAAAGAUCAUAUGUUUACAAGGUAUCCUCCUCGACAGAAUGUUUCAUUCCCUUCCAGAUUGAUACCUCAGCUGAGGGUGGAAACGAAGACAGUUGUUUGCAAGGCGGAGUGUAUUCAGUGAAUGGAGAUGAGACCGUGCCUGUUCUAAGUGCCGGCUUCAUGUGUGCAAAAGGGUGGCGUGGGAAGACCCGGUUCAACCCUUCAGGAAUUCCAACGUACAUCAGGGAGUAUGAUCAUGCCCCACCUGCUAAUUUUCUGGAGGGGCGGGGCACACAGAGCGGGGCCCAUGUUGAUAUAAUGGGUAACUUUGCAUUGAUUGAAGAUAUUCUAAGAGUAGCAGCGGGGGCCACAGGAGAAGACUUGGGGGGAGAUCAAGUCCAUUCUGACAUCUUCAAGUGGUCUGAAAAAAUCAAUUUGAAGCUCUAAUUUCAGCUGACAUUUUUCAAUGCAGGGAUUUGAAUUUGGGGCCACGUCGAAGACACGAGCCGACAAUCACACGAUGCAGCGGGUGCUGCUACCAUCUGCAUUGUAUGUUGUACUUCAAUUGAUGAUAUACCCAGAGGGGGCCAUUUAGCUGCCGGUUCGUUGCAGAUUUAUGGGACCCAUGAUCACACACCAGUGGGGCCCACACCUUUUUUUGUUGGCUUAUAUUUCUUCUGGGCAUUUGUGAAUAUAUCUCAUAAUUAUUCAGUACUUAUGGUAAAGUAAUAUUUGUUGUAGCUUGCCUGUUAGUCGCCCGGAAUUUUAUAUUCAUGUAUAAUUUAUUAGUAAUUUUUCUUGCCCCCACAUGCGAAACUGGCACAUGUAUUUGUGAUGAAAAAGAGAGAAAAUCUCAGAUUUCCUUGACUA